GGGGCAGUCGAUCAGUCGUGGCCAGACAAACCGAAGAGCACAGCGCACUGGCCGGCACCGUCUCCUCACCCGGCUCGACCAGGCCUACCCGCCAGCUCCCUACCGGCCUACCCUCACCUCACCCGGCCGAGCGCCCGAUAUUCACGGGAUCCUGCGACUCUGCCCCACGCCUCCACUAGCUGAGGGCCUCCGGAACGCCUCCGACUGUGAAUGUGAGUCCCCCCACACGUCACCUCUCCCCGCCUCGUCCAGCACAGCAGCACUCCAGCCGCCCAUCGCCCCCACUUAUUUAUCAAGCCGCGCGCUCCGCGCUUAAAACCCUUGCACUCCCCGCAGAUUUUACUACACUAGCCGCUUGCUUCGAUACGACCGGUGGUGUAGCGUGCUGACUGGCUCGAUGGCGGAGGCGCUGGGAGCGCUGUGCCGCGCCGGGGGAUGGUCCUACGGCGCGAUCUGGCGCCCUGACCGGCGCGACCCACGGUUGCUUACUGUAGGAGAAUGCCACUGUGAAGAUGAAGCGAGAAAAGUGGUCGACAAGAUGGUCAAUCAGGUCCAUGUCGUCGGAGAAGGCCUUAUAGGAAGGACUCUAAUAAGUGGGGAGCACCAAUGGAUUUCUGAUGACAUCCCCUUCAGUUUCUCUCAGAUAAGCGAUGAAGAUAACCUAGGUUUAUGUCAGGGUUAUACUUGGUGGCAACAUCAGUUCCUAAGUGGAAUAAAGACUAUUGCUGUAGUACCUAUGCCGGCGUUUGGUGUGGCACAGUUCGGUUCCAUGCAAAAGUUUCUGGAUCAAGUUAAAGGUGCAACAUUUCUGAUGGAAAGUCUUUCAUGGUCUCCUUCAACAAAAGAUGCUCAGAAAGACGCUUUCAUGUACAAUCCACAAUUUCAACUCGAUUCUUCAACCACUAGAGAGGGUCUUCCACGCACUAAGGCUGAACCAGAAAACUCAAGGUUGGAGAAUGCAAUAUCCAUAGAUUCUCUGAAGAACUUUGCAAUUACUUCAAAUGGUCUGAAUCCUCACGUAGUGGCCAUGCCAGUGAACUCCAAAUCGAUAAGUACUGUUAAAUUAAUUCAAAGUGACAGCAAUUUGCGGUACAAUAAUAUUUCAGAGAAUGCUCAACAAUUCAAAUCCGCCAAACAACCUGAUUCUAGUUGGGCAAGUGCAGCUACAUGUUUUUCAAAUUUGACCAAUCUUCAAAGAAUAGAGCGCGGGCUGUCAUGCACACCUAACAAACUACGACAUUGCCUUCAAAGUGAAAAAUCCUCAGGCUUCCUGGAUUCGUACUCAUCAAUAGUUUCUACAGAUGCUGAGCUGAAAUGCACUUUGUUUGACAAUGCCACUCCAUUUGUUCAGAGUGAUGUGAUCCAAGAGGUUGGUACUAGUGGAUCUACUCGUGCUUGUGGGCUACAUGAAUUGCCAAAUGAAAUAUGGGCAGAAAUUGCCUCAGGGGAAAUGAAACCAGUCAUAAAAGAAGUCAACGAAAAUAAUGGCUUUCUCGAAAGCACAGCAUUUGAUCCAGUCAUGAAUGAUUGGUGGGGUGACACUGCCCUACUAGCAGGAAACACUUCACAUCUGAGUGCUACUACCAUGAACUCUGUUUCAGGACAGGCAAGUAGUGAACAAUUAUCAAUUGAAGAUAGAGGGCUGUUUUCGGAAUCUGUCUUUGAGGAGCUGCUUGGCUUUGAUGGUAAUGUCGGCCCAGUUAUGGAUAGCACCGAACCAUUAGCUGGUUUUGUCUCCGGUUGUCAUUUGCCGAGGUACAACCUUCAAGGUUCACUUUCAGUGUGCAAGGCACAAGUACCGCCAUUGAUACUCCCUUCCGGUAGCUGUACAUCCGAAAAUGUUGUGAUGGGAUCAUCAAAAGAAGCCCCCGUGUCACUGCAGAAUUUAUCUAUGGAUGAUUGUGGCAGUUUGAACACCGCAAGUUCCAAGAUCAGCCAGGUAAAGAAGCCUGAAGGAGAGAAGGUUGUUAAGAAAAGAGCUAGGCCAGGUGAAAGUACACGGCCAAGACCAAAGGACCGGCAGCAGAUACAAGAGCGUGUAAAGGAGUUACGUGAGAUAGUUCCAAAUAGUGCAAAGUGUAGCAUUGAUGCUUUGUUGGAUCGAACAAUCAAGCAUAUGCUCUUUCUACAAAGUGUGACAAAGUAUGCAGAAAAGAUUAAGCAAGCCGAUGAACCUAAUAUGAUAAGCAAGGACAAUGGUUCUGUAUUGAAUGAUAACUCACAUGGAGUUGUCUUGAAAGACAAUCCAAGUGGUGGAAGCAAUGGAGGUGCGACAUGGGCCUAUGAGGUUGCAGGGCAGACUAUGGUUUGUCCAAUAAUUGUUGAGGAUCUUGCACCGCCUGGUCAGAUGCUUGUUGAGAUGCUAUGUGAGGAACGCGGAUUUUUUCUAGAGAUAGCUGACACCAUACGGGGAUUUGGACUUACAAUCUUGAAGGGAUUGAUGGAACUUCGUGAUGGAAAAAUAAUGGCUCGAUUUCUUGUUGAGGCAAACAAGAACGUGACGAGGAUGGAUAUAUUUCUAUCACUUGUUCAGUUACUGCAGCAGAACAGCCGCAAUCGAUCUUCGGAUCAGCUAGUUAAGGUCAUGAACAAUGGCAUUCCAUCUUUUGUGGAUCACCAACAAUCUCCUGCAUCAAUUCCGGUUUGGCCUUGCUGAGAGAUAGUAAUUGCCACAAACAAUUCUUGUAGGCCAUAUUUUUCAACGAGCGUUAAUGGGUACGGUUUGGAGUUCUGAUUAGUACUUGGUGGUGCCCGCCAACUGUUGAUAGAAACGACAGGUGUUAAGGAUGUAGCAAACGCACAUUGCGGUGUCCCGUGUCCGAAGAAAAUUCAGUUAGAAGAUGCACAGAUUCUCAUGUAACAGGUUUAGGAACAUUGGUGUUGUCGUUUGUAAUUUGGACACUGGUGUAGUGGUGUGAGGUAGCCUAUGUUGUUGUGAAGUUGGUGUGCAGUCAGUAGCAAAAUUGCCUGUGUUGCUACGGUAAAUAACAUUUGAAAAUUAAGUGUCUGUGUUCUCUUUUUGA